GAGAGAGAGAAACAGAGAAAGAAAGAAAGCAGGAAGGAAACUAGUUUUUACGUUAGUGCAACAACACAGUCAACGAAAGCUGCGGCAUGUACAGUGAUGCUGUAAUACAGAGACAAAUAUGGAGUAAGAGACGUGUGAGGUGACCACAGGUUCUCUCAUGUCAUGGUGUGGUAUUGUGAAGGUUUUAAAGAACAGGAAGUGAAAUGACCACAGAACAGAGCAUUGAGAAAGAUGGUAGACUCAAACCAACACGAUGGCUGACGCAGGAGCCGCAGGAAUGACUGAAUUUUCACACUCCAGUGUCGGCAUUGACACACGCAGGCGUGAAGAAAAAAAAAGAAAAGGAAAUAAACCUACAAGGAGUGGGUUUGGUCCACAAAAACACAGCACUGCUUCAGUUUGAGCCGGUUUUGAGAGACAUUUAGUGGCGACAGUUACUGGUGUGAAGGAAGUGAACCAUGGUGAGUUCCUGGACUUGCUGACAUCAGAAAACAUGCAGGACAAAGACAGAGUUUGUCCUGUGGAGGAGGAGAAGAAAUGGUCCAAUGGUCAGUGUGUUCUGUCGUUGUCCAGCUGCUCAGCAUUCAACCCCACAUUUGAUUUGUCUGUGAGUCGAACGGUACUGGAGGACGAAGGCUUUCAGAUCCCAGUCACAGACAUGGAGGUUCCUCUGAGAACAGCCCUGGACGUUCCCUCCGUCAGAAGAUACAUGGUUUUCAACUCAGCCUACUUUCACUUCUUAAUGGCACCGGUGCUGUACGUGGUGCUGUGGUGCGGCGUCUUCUCCACUCUCCACCUCUACAUCCCUGUCAGUGACUACUGGGUCCUGUGUCUCUAUGUCAGCCUGGUCUCCAUCCUCCUCACCACUGCCAUCAUCUUCAUCCUCAAUCGCAGUAAUAAGGAGAUCAGCAUGAACCUGGACGUUCGGUUAAUCCAGGUGAACGAGCGGUUGGUGAAACACAAGCUGCUGGUGGGCGUGUCCGACUGGGUACAGAACUGCACCGGUAAAAUACAGCUGGUUUUUGUUUACUGGGACAUCAGCCGCUGUCUGCGGACGCUGACUGAGGAGUUAGAAGAGCGCAGCUUCGUGGUGAAUGAAACCCAGAAAAAGCUCAAGAAGAAAAUGUCCAAUCUCACACUUGUGGCUGAGGUCACGGCGUCUGACCCCGAGGCCGGAAUCUCAGACGCAGAGCAGCCCGACUUGGAAGAACACAGGCCGCUGCUGGAGCGUGAAGUUACAGCUGGUAGUUCCUCAUCUGGCCAGCAGGCGGGGGCUAAAGUCCCUGUCAGCUAUAGCCUGGUCCCUGACGCAUCCUUACCUGUUCAGACUCAGGCGUUCCAGCUCCUGAUGACCUACAGCGCAGCCUAUGUGAAGCUGCUGGCAUCUAAGCGACUGUCACACUGGCUGCUGGCAUCUAAGCGACUGUCGGACACAUCACACUAUGGUCUCCGCUCCAGCAGGGGUCACUGCAGCUUCGCUCCUCUCUGCCUCUGCCAAUACAUCAAAAAGAAGAUCCUUCAGUAACAGAGGAAGCUGACAGAAGACUGAUGAAAGCCGCCUGGCCCCAGGAGGCCGGGGUCCAGACUGUUGAACCAUAAAACUGUCACAUGAGGGCGCUGCCUUUGGGCCAAAUGUGGAGUAAAGACACUGAAUGCAACGUUUCAAUGUUUCCGUGGCCACUUCAGGGACCAUUUUUCAUCCUCGUUCACACCACCUGGACAUUUGUCACUUUGCUGUCUGCUAAAUGCUGCCACGCUGAGAACACAUGCUACUGUUGUUGUUGUGUCUUUUAAUGACAACAAGUGAAAGUGAAACUGAUUUCAGGUCUGUUUGUUUGUCUGUGUCCAUCUCUGUGCUCCAGCUGCAAACCUCUAACCCUCGAUGACUGAACCACCUCGGUGACUGAGAACCUGUAAAUACCUCAACGACUGGGGUUAUUCCUUAGACCUGUCAGAGCUUGAUGACAGAGACAUGUCUUUGAAUGCAUCAUUUCUACCACUUUGUAACUUCACACCAAUAGAAAGUAUUUUUAAAAAACUCUAUAUUUUUUGUACAACAACACAGAAUAAACGCUGAGACUGUGAGUUUGAGUUUCUGCAGCAGCACUGUGAACUCGUCAUCCAUCAGCCCUGACGGUGCAGCCGAGAUGACGGCUCAAGGAGAGAAGCUGCAGGACGACACCAACACACAGUGAGGCCGAGCAGCGUGGCUGCACCAGAGGGAUGCUGGGACUGUGGUGGAGGAGCAAGACAUGCAGCGUGAGGCCAAGUGAAAUGAUCCGCGAGACGGCAGUUCUCCUCGGGAGGCUAAACGGCCAUCUGUGAUCUGGUACACAGACUGGCUCCUGGCCCACCUUCAGCUUCCUCCCUCCAACCUAUUUUUCUUUGGACUCAGAGUUAAAUUACUGCUCCAUUUUUAACGAGGUUGUCAUACUGCAAAUUAAAUCACAGUGGGGGCUGCUGGCCAUUCAUUCCAAGUGGGGAAGGGAGGAGUGAACGCAUGGAUUCUAUUCUAUAGAAUGUAUGCUGCCCCCACUGGCAACUUGAUGGUAUUAUUUUCACUCUCAAGACUUAAAAACUUUUUAGCAAGGAGACAUUUGAAUAAAACGUACUGUGUCAUGACACCAUUCUCUCAAGACUGGGGUGUCAAACAUACGACCCGUGGGCCAAAACCAGCCCACUAGGGAGUUCAAUGCGGCCUGCUUGAUGAAUUUUGAAAGUGAAAACAUAAAUGCACAAACACUUCAGGUCAAAGACGUUUUGUCAAAUGAUAUUUCAUAAAAUAUUUUAUAACAUUUUCUAAUAUACUUGCAUGAAAACAAAAGAAGGAAACAUGGACUUGAUGUUAUUUACAGGUAUUUAUGUUAUGACUGUACUGGUCCGGCCCACUGGACAUCUAAUCAGGCUGACAGUGUGACCCCCAUCCCUGGUACUGAGUGGAGGAGUUAUGACUCUGAACUCCACUGCAGCAGAUGUAGACUCCAUUCAUGCAGCAGUAAAACAAACGGCACCGAAAUGCACAGAGAAGCUGAGCAGCUGUAAGACACACAGUAAAGCUGCUGUGAUUUAGCACAAGAUAGUGAGAGACACUGUAGUUCAUGUUCUGACAGAGAACCAGGGAAGAAAACCAGGGCAACUAUAAAUAGAAGAUGGGUGAGAGAGGAGAGGACAGAGAGAGAGAGAGGAUGGAGAAAGGCUGGAGGGAGACACAGGCGACACCAUCAUGUCGUUCACCAGCCAACAUUGUUCUUUAUUCAUCAUCCAGAAACAACUGCUGCAACACAGCCAUCAACACAAUUAGAAGACUGAACUCCAGAGAGUGAACCGCAGGAUCCGGACAGAGGUGGGGGGUUCAAUUCUCUGGGAAACCAGAGAAGGAAAGAGAGGAGGUGGUGGAGAACUUCAGGCCGAGGGACGCAGCCCGAACUAGAGCUGAUAAAACCAGAGCCGACUCUGUUACUUCACACGUUAAAUACUCAUGUGUGGAGAACAGAAGGUUAAAGGUCGGUGUUUGACAAACUGGAAAAUCGUAAGAAUAAGAGAAAACUGUAUUCAUAUAAAUAUCAGAAUGUAUUCUGUUUUAUAGUAUUGUAUCAUAACAUGAAACGUUUUGUCUUUUUAACAUAUUCACUGUCAGGGUCUGGGACUUGAACAUAUAUAUGACGGUGACUUUUUCUUCCUGAAACUCUUUUUUUUUUUGCAGAUGUAAAAUGGACUUUCAUCAAAUCACUUUGCUAACCUUUAGAAUCUUUAAAUCUUUAUUACCAGAGCAAAACAAAGGGAGGAAAGAGAUCUGAAUUGUCAAAAAUUUUACAUUACUGACAAAGUAUUUCGCAACUAAUACAUCAUUUACCAAAAAAGUGUUUUUGUGUUGUUUUACUUGGUGAAUAACAGAACAGACGACAUUCACAGGUUGAAGGUAGCAUUAGCCAAAAAAGGCUAAUUAAUGCAAAUACAGGCCCUCAUAUAAUUCACAAAACUUUGAUGAAUACAAACCCAAACACUGUUUUCCACGUCAUACAUCAAUACCUCACACUGUGUUGGCAAAGUUUCACCUCAGACUUAGAGCGCCCUCAUACAGCACCACCUCAACUUGUCUUCACUGUCAUCACAAGAUUUUAUUUUUUAAAUAUACUGUAUAUGUAGAAUUCUUUUUUUUUUUUUGAAAAAUAGCAUCAUCAUGAAGACCGAAGGAGGAGAGAGAGGGGGGAGGAGAAGAGAUAUGUUCACAGGUCCAUUCAUUCAUGUGGGGGAGAGAAAGCAGAGAAGAGAGAGAAAACCAGUCAGAAAGUGCUACGAUACAACAGUCAACCGUGUUUUCACUCUGGAAACAUUCAUUUUCAGUUCAUUUGUUCACAAAUGAUACCUGGCACCUUGACGUCACAGCCGCGCCGCGCCGCGCCGCGCCGUGCAGCCCGACCUUCUGUACAGCAGAGAGAGAAAAGCCCAACUCACUACAAAAACAGUGAAGUUACGUCACGUGACCACUCCGUCGCUCGUCUAGCCCUAAAUAUUUAAUAUCAGAAAACAAACUGAGGAUGACAUGCAGGGCUGUGGCUCAUCAAAGUUACACCCGCAGCGUCUGAGGUUAAAUAGUUCAGAGAUGUGCAACGCAAACAGAGCCUUACGCUGACGACUGACCUGAAAAAUAACCAAAAAGAUUCCAAUUCAAUUGAAAUAAAUAUUAAAUAGAAUCCAACACUUAAAAUACCGUACGCGCUUACAGGAAUUAUUUCGAAAUAUUCCACACAUUAGCUCAGAGAUGCUGUGUCUGCACAAAAAGUCAACCAUUAGAUUUAAUUUAUAUUUAUCAUGCAAUAAAUGAGCGAGGAUUCAGAGCAGCGACUUCCUGUCAGCUGGUUUCUACCACCAGCUGAACAUCAGAGGUGGACAACGCCUCGAAACAUUUUGAACGUUUUUGCAUGAACUAUUGUUGAUUCACCCCUUCCUUUAAUAUCCAUAAAAAGGUUGACAGUUCAAAUCCCAGGUGUCUUUUUGACAAGAAACAUAGUCUUGGGUGCAGUACCACUGCUGUCCAGCAGGACGCUUGAACUACAUACAUUUACUACACAGUUGAGUCCACCUGUAUUUUUGAUGCCAUUUACUAAACACAGUCAUUCUUUUAACCUCAUUAUUGUUUCAUUUGGAAUUUCUUUACUGUUUCCCGUGACUUUUAAACUUGAAUAAAGUCAUUUUAUGGAGUCAACCAGUCUGGAAAAACCAAAACACCACAGUUCUCCAGAAAGACUGAUUCCAACAAAGUGCAUCGUCACCACAGUCGUCGUACAAUUUUUUUUUUUUUUUUACAUCUAGGCCAAUUCCAAGUGUCAGACAGUAACUGCAAUAAACAAGCCACGUACAGCAGUAACGUAUAAAAAACUAAUAAAUAAAAGACC